ACAUGAGCCAGAGUGGUGAAUCUUCACAUAAAAAGUGGACAAUUAACUAUUGUGUCAUUGAGUUUAAAUAGAGUAUAAAAAGUUAUAGAGUUGCCGGAGUGGUGUAACAACGAAAAGUGUCGUAUAUCGCGGUGUAAUCUUGUAUGGAGAGUCACCUUUCGGUUGACUGGAGUUGAAUGUGAAGUUAAUAUUAGGGAAAAUUUAGAGAACAAGAGUGGAAAAGCUUAAGUAAAGUGUUCGAAAUGCUUGCAAUAAUGCCGUAUAAUAUAUGUGAGGACAAAAGAUAGGAAAAUAUGGAGAUAAGGAAAAAUUGGACACCAACGACGUAUUUUUCUUUGGGAUUUCUGCUCUUAUGUGCACAGAGUGGCAAAUCAGCUGCCAUUUCCACCAAGGGGACCCAAAUGAAAGAUACUCACAUCCAGAACCUCGACCUGGACAGUGAGUAUGAGCUCGUGGAUAUUGAUCACCAGGUGCAUCAGGAGCCACCAAAUCUGCUAGGCACUCCCACAAUCAAUAGAGGGCCCUACUUCGACACGUCUGCCUCGAAGAACGUCACGGCACUAGUGGGGAAGACGGCAUACUUAAACUGCAGGGUUCACAAUUUGGGGAACAGGACGGUGUCCUGGAUUCGUCACAGGGAUCUUCAUCUGCUCACAGUCGGCAGAUUCACUUACACUUCUGAUCUACGAUUUCAGAGUGUUCACAAUCCACAGACAGAAGAUUGGUCACUACAGGUGAGAUACCCACAGAAGAGGGAUUCGGGCAUUUACGAGUGUCAAGUUUCAACCACACCGCCAAUAUCGCACUGCAUGCAGCUCUCAAUCGUCGAGCCAAUUACAGCGAUUCUGGGUGGCCCAGAAUUGUUCAUCAACACAGGAUCAACUAUUAACCUGACGUGUAUUAUUAGGCACUCACCAGAGCCUCCGCCGGGCAUCUACUGGACACAUGAUAAUUUGGAAAUCAGCUACGAUUCGCCACGAGGAGGAGUGUCAGUGAUCACAGAGAAAGGCGAGAUAACCACGUCGUACUUAUUAAUACAGCGAGCCAAGGAUCCAGACUCCGGAAAGUAUACCUGUUCACCAUCAAACGCCAAUCCAGUCUCCGUGACUGUCCACGUUCUGAACGGUGAACAUCCCGCAGCAAUGCAACACGGGGAUCAAUUGAGGAUAAAAGAUCCACUCUACGUGUUCGUCUUAGUCUUCUUCACGAUUAUGUGCGGACGAUGAAAGUGAUUUUCCCACAGAAAUGCUGUAAAAUACUUCCAUCUGCAUUGUUUGAGAGAUGACCACAUGUAAAAAUUAUUUUGUUACAAUUCUCAUAUUCUGUUGCUCAUUAAAAAUUUACACAUGUGAAAUGGGAAUGCAAGGAGGUUUUAUUGCGAAUAUUCUCUUUCUGAUAUUGAUAAAGUCAAAGAUAGGGAGGGGCAAAAACUCUGUAACAAUGUAAUGUCGCUAGUAAUAAGAAUAGACGAGAUUUCUUAGGAAACUGCAAGUGAGCAAAUAGAAAAAAAAUGUACAGACACAAUGAAGAAUAUAAAGCCAAAUUGAUCAUUUUUUCUGGUGAUUUUUAUCUCUAUGUUUUUACUCUCUUGUGUUUCAAUGAUGUUCAGAAUAUUAAUUUGUUCUAAUUGCUAUAUUGAUUUUUUUCUGUACAGUUUUUGAUUGCAAUGACUCAGAUUAUGAGAGUUGAGCCAUACUCUGCUCAUUUAAUUAUAUUAAAACAAGAGGGAGCAUAGCUUUUUAUGGGAAAAUAUUGUAAAAUUAUGAACUAUCUUGAUUUUUAAGAAGGUUAAGGCCAUACUUUUUAAAUACGAUGUCAAAGUAACAAAGACAUUUCUUAAUCAAAAUUGUCGUUUAGGGUAAUUAACUUACAGAAAUAUUUGUUUUUACCGAAUUCUGGUUUUAUUUCUUCAAUCUAGGAGUUGUAUCGUAUUUUAGAGCAAAAGGCAAUGGUUAUUAGUCCAAUAGUAUAUUCGAAUUUGUAAAUUCGCAAAUUAUAUACAAACAAAAACGCUAAAUGAAACUCACUAAAGUGUUCUGAGAAAUAUUUUAGUGAAAAUCUAAUCAAAAAUCGAUAAUAGAUAAAGAUGUGAUCUUACAAAUUUUGAAAACUGAGUUCUCAACUUGCAGUCUAAGUUGAAUAGUAUUUGAAUAGCAAUUGUAAUAAACUUAAAUAGGAUCACACAAUUAUUUUGCAAUUAGUUGUUGAAAAUCAAAACGAUUGCUAAAUAUUUAAUUUUUUUUAAACUUAUGUGGAACAAUUUCUUUUGCUACU